AUGGAAACUAUUGAUAUUCAGAAUAGAUCAUUUGUAGUACGAUGGGUGAAAUGUUCUCAUGGUGAUACCAUCAACUAUCAGGUGAAGCCAUUGAAAAAGUCAAUUGAUUUGGCUAUAUAUAAAAAAUUGAAGACUACGAUAGAUGAUCAAACACCGGCGGUACAUAUUGCACCAGAUACUAAAGCAGCUUUAGAUUUUACCAAUAAAGCUGUAUUGCAUAGAAAUAACUCGAUCAGUUCCAAUAAUGAUACUCAUUCUAAAAGCUCUUUAUCAAUUGCUAACAUACAGCAACAAUCACAAGAGAAGCCUCUUCGAGACCGUCUUCAAGCAUCUGGUUUUACCCUAGUUAAAUCUGUCGGACACAUCUCCGGGAAUAAAAUGUACCAAGGUAACGUUGAAGUUAUGGAUUCUGAUUAUUAUUAUGCAUUUAUUUUGGAUAACACAGCCUCUAAAAAUGUUAAAAAGAAGAUAUUAUUUAAUGCAAGUACAAUACAAACAGAUACACAAUCUAUUCAUAGUACACAUUCAGGAUCAUCUCCUUUAUUAAGUUCCUUAAAUUCUUCUCCCAAUAGAAGAGAUUCCGUAUUUGUAGUAGGUCAAGGGAGAUAUAUUCAAGGGUACCUAUUGAAAAAGAGAAGAAAAAGAUUACAAGGUUUUAAAAGAAGAUUUUUCACUUUAGAUUUUAGAUAUGGUACUUUAUCGUAUUAUUUAAAUGAUCAUAAUCAAACUCGUCGUGGUGAAAUUGUAAUCAAAUUAUCUACAGUGAGUGCCAAUAAAAAAGACAGAUUAAUCAUUAUUGAUUCAGGAAUGGAAAUAUGGGCUCUGAAAACUAAAGAUGUCAAUUGUUGGCAGACUUGGGUACAAGCUUUACAAUCCUGCUUUGAACAAGACGAUAAUUCUGAUGACUUAAUCUCAGAUAGUUUAUCCAAUUGCCUGAGUGAAAACGAUGGAACUAUAGUAACUGCAAAUGAUGUAAUAAGUGAACGUUUGAGUAGAAUGUCAAAGGGUAAAAAAAAUGACUUGAUCGCAAGGCCAACCUCCAGAUUAACGGACAUUACUUCAUACAUUCCUUUACCAAAUGAAGCAUAUGAGGAUUUUAGUGCAAAUCUACUACUUAUUCAGCAACGGCUGGAACAGUAUAAAAAUGAUUCUUUAUCAUAUACCCCACUGGAUCCUGAACCAACAUUUGCAGAUAUUAGACGUUCUAAUUCUGCCUCUUCUUCUUUACAUGGACAUAGUAGGAUUAGGGGAAUGUCUGUGGCAUCUCCAAUGGACUCAGCGGAAUCUUUAUUAAAUCCUUCUGAUUCGGCUAUACCAGAGAUAACAUCUGGCGAACAUGCUCUAUACAAUAACCUCGCAGAACUCGAAGGGCUCUUUAACCAGUUCGUUAAGCAGAGUAAAGUUCUAUAUAGAGAUCAUAAUAUUCUUACCAAACAAAUAAAUGACAAAAGACUAUCUAUGGGUUCUUCAAUGAGUGACGAUGACAUGUUUUAUGAUGCCGAAGAUAAGAGCACAUUAGGUGUAAUCUUAUUAGAUGAUGAUGAUGCUGAUGAUGCUACUCAGAUAUGCACCACUAGAAUACUUGGCUCGAGUACUGUCGAUUCUGGCGAAGCAAUUCUAGCAGAAAGGCAAAUAAACGAACUUCAGUUUAAUGCCGAGUUCAAAAGUACACUAAGCCCUAUUGCCUCUGGUAAAAUUCUGGAACAAAAAGAAGAACAUAUUAUAAGUAAUGAUUUGUAUCCUUUACCACAUUCUCUAAUUUCUCGGAGAAAUGAUGUGACAAUCUGUAACUCAUCCCCUCAGAGCUUGUUAUCGUUCCUAAGAAAAAAUGUCGGUAAAGAUUUAACUUCCAUUACAAUGCCAGUUACCUCAAAUGAACCAAUUUCUAUCCUGCAAACAAUUGCAGAAUCUUUCGAAUACGCACAUAUUCUUCAUCAAUUAGCUGAUCCGAAAUCACCAUUUGAACCACUUGCUAUCGUUUCCGCAUUUGCUAUAUCCUCCUUAUCCAUAUACAGAGAUAGGACAAGAUCCCUUCGUAAACCUUUCAAUCCACUAUUAGGAGAAACAUACGAACUUGUCCGUGAAGAUAUGGGUUUUAGAAUGCUAGCUGAGAAAGUGUCUCAUAAACCUCAGAUAUUUGCUUUCCAUGCGGAACAUGAGAACUGGGAAUGUAGCUAUACAGUUACACCAGUUCAAAAAUUUUGGGGUAAAUCUAUCGAAUUGAAUAAUGAAGGUACGUUCGAACUGAAAUCUAAAAAAUCAGGUGAAUAUUUCGAAUGGGUCCAACCAACAACCAUGGUAAAGAACCUAAUUGCGGGCGAAAGAUAUGUUGAACCAACUAAUGAAAUUGAAGUUAUUUCUUCAAAGAGUGGGAAAGCAACUAUUUCUUUUGAGAAGACUGGUAUGUUUAGUGGUAGAUCAGAAAAUGUUAUUGUCGAUAUCACAUCUAGUAACAAAUCUGGCAAAAACCAGAGCGUAGUUGGUAAAUGGACAGACUCAUUAAAGGAUAAAAAAUCCGGAAAGACCAUAUGGAGCGUUGGUGAAACUGUUAAGAACCCUAAACAAAAAUAUGGUUUUACCAAGUUUACAGCUAACUUGAACGAAAUUACAUCUAUUGAAAAGGAUAAACUGCCACCUACCGAUUCGAGGUUACGUCCUGACAUUAGAUACUAUGAAGAAGGAAAAGUUGAUGAAGCAGAGACAUGUAAGUUAGAUCUUGAACAAAAACAAAGAGAAAGACGUCAAAAUGGUAAAGAUGUUACACCGAGCUACUUUAGAAAAAAUACAGCCAACAAAUGGACAUACAUACAAGGUUCCGACAGUUAUUGGGAAAAGAGAAGACGCCAAGAUUGGAAUAAUGCCCCAAUAUUAUGGUGA